AUGGGAGUUGCCUGGAUUUUCGCCACAAUAUUAAAUAUUCAAGAACACAAGUACGAGAUCCGUACUUCCACUCUCAUCUUCUGCUACUAUGUUAUCUCGACUGUUGCAGGCGCCAUCACCACUCGUACCCUGAGUGCUCUUCCAACAACCUUUUAUGGUUCACGAUCCUUUGAAGAACAACAGUCUAAAGAGCAGGAAGAAGGCUUCACAUCUGGCACCGCUACAGGCACUUCUACCACUAACGCUCUCUACUAUACCUACUUUGGAUUUAUCCUCUUCGGCCUUUUUGUCAUGUCUUGGCCACGAGGUUCAACCAAAGUGCAGAAACAGAGUGAUAAGAGCCCUUAUGAAAAGGCCAGCAUCUUCUCCCGCUUUUGGUUCCACUAUCUCCAGGGCCUCAUCACCUUGGGAUACAAACGGCCAUUGCAAAAAGGGGAUAUUCAAGGAAUGAUGCCUCAACAGAUCAGGACCGAGUUCUCAUACAAACGCUUGAGUCAACAAUGGGAAGAGCAUGUUGCCAGCAAAAGAGCAAAGGGCAAGGAGCCUUGGCUAUUGUUCUUAGUCGUGAAAGCCUUUGGCGUUCAAUGGAUCCCUGUUAUCAUCUACAUCAUCCUAUCUGCCGGAUUAAGGUUUAUUGCUCCUGAACUCAUGGAUCAGCUCUUGCGCUUCAUUGAAUCUUACUCAACCGAAACCCCCAAAUCAGCUUCUCUGGGAGUAAUUCUAGCAUUUGGAAUGUUCUUUUCAACCAUUCUUAGCGCCAUAUUGGAGGGACAAUUCACCCAAUUGGUCAUGAAUAUGGGCAUUGAGACACGUACGGCUCUGGUCUCAAUGGUUUAUCGUAAAGCAUUGAAGCUAUCACCUGCAGCCAAACAAUCGCAGACGCCAGGAGAGAUUAAUAACCACAUGUCUGUUGACGCAGAGAGAUGGUCAGAUGCAUUACCACUCCUACCCAUGUGGUUUUCUAUUCCCCUGGAGAUCUGCAUUGCUCUUUGGUUACUCUAUCGACAACUCGGCUGGGCUGCGCUUGGGAGCUUAGCAACGAUUAUUGCUGUUGCACCAUUACAAGGCUGGAUCGCCAAUUUUUUCUCUGUUGCCAAGGACCAGAAAUUAGAAGCCAUGGAUAAUCGUAUUCGUCUUACCAGUGAAUUGAUGUCUAGUAUCAAAAUCGUUAAGCUCUACGGCUGGGAAUCCUCCUUCUUAUCCAAGGUCUCGCACUACCGCAACCGCGAGCUUGGUAUCCUGCGUAAGAUGGGGGUUACAUUCUCAUUCAUGACCAUUACGUUCAGCUCACUUACGCUUCUAAUGGCUCUGGUCUCUUUCAGUAUCUAUGCUACUGUGGGCGGGCCUGGAGGCACCCCUGGCGUGAUCAACUCGCAAAACGUCUUUGUUUCCAUUACCCUUUUUGGAUUUCUUAACCGACCUAUCGGAAUGCUUUCUCAUGUUACGAGUGAAACCAUCAGCUUGAUAGUCGCUACCCGCCGUAUUCAAACAUAUUUACUGGAGGAAGAGCUUCCUAAUGAUCAGACUGAGCGACUCGAAGCCAAUAGUACUGCUGAUCCGUCGCAACCAGCUAUCGAAAUCAAGAAUGGCACCUUUGCUUGGGUUAGAGAGGGGCCUGCGGUCGAAACUGAGAAGCAAAUAAAGAUAAGGCAGAAGAAGGGAGCUAGGAAUAGAAAGCAGGCUAUCGCAGAAGCCAAAAAGGCUGGCUUACCUAAACCUACAUUUGAAGAAUCUGCGGAACCUAGUUAUGAGGCCACCCUUAAGCAUAUUAAUCUGGCAGUUCAGAAAGGCCACUUGGCUGCUAUUGUCGGAAGAGUCGCUCAAGGCAAAUCCUCAUUAAUCGAUGCCAUUAUUGGAAACAUGUACAAACGCCAAGGGACCGUCAAGAUCUAUGGCCAGCUUGCUUACGUACCUCAACAAGCUUGGAUCAUCAACGCAACUCUGAGAGACAAUAUUUUGUUUGGAUCUGAAUUUGACCAGGAGAAGUAUGAUAGGGUCAUCUAUGCUGCAGGGUUAACUCCAGAUAUUGAGAUGCUUCCUGCAGGUGAUCAAACAGAAAUUGGAGAGCGCGGUAUCAAUUUGUCAGGAGGACAAAAACAAAGAGUAUCCUUAGCGCGAGCGGCCUACCAGGACGCAGAUAUCUAUCUUUUGGAUGAUCCCCUAAGUGCUGUGGAUGCACACGUGGAUCAUCACCUAUGGAGGAACUUGAUCGGACCCAAUGGCUUGCUUAAAGACAAAACUCGUCUGCUUAUCACACAUGGUAUCCAUCACCUUAGCGAAAUGGACCAGAUUGUGGUGAUGAAGGAUGGUCAAAUAUCAGAGAUUGGAAAGUACCAGGAAUUGAUGGAUUCAGCCAAAGCAUUUUUCCAAUUGAUCCAGGAAUUUUCUAUAAAAGAGUCUGGCAAAGAUGCAAAGGAUGAUUUGAGUGAAGUAGAAACAGUCCAAGAGCCGGAUAUAGGUGCCUCAAAUGCAACUAAUCAUCAUAAGAUGAGCCCAGAGACCAAGGAUGAGAAGCUGGAUGAUAAUGCAGCCCUUGUCGAAGAAGAGAGGAUGAAGGUUGGAAGUAUCCAAUGGCACGUGUUUUGGACCUAUGCCAAGGCCGCAUCCUACUUUUAUGUAUGCCAAAUCCUCUUCCUGUUCAUCAUUAUUCAAGCUUGUCAAAUUGGAACGAAUACCUGGCUUCAGUAUUGGGUCAGGGACAACCAAACCCACUCUAUUGGCUAUUACAUGGGUAUCUAUGCAAUUCUGGUGGUCACGUUCAUGCUCCUCAUUGUUUGGACCUCCUACACGACUAUGGUCACGGCCGGUAUUCGCGCUGGCGAGCGCCUUCACAACAGGCUUUUGACCAAUGUCCUCCGCUUGCCCAUGUCCUUCUUCGAUACUACGCCUGUAGGCCGUAUCAUAAACCGAUUUUCGUCUGAUUGCUUCAGCAUUGACGAACAGAUCCCAUGGGCCUUUCACGAUACGUUCUUUUGCUUCGUCUCAACAGUGGGUAGCAUCAUCGUUAUUGCAGUGACCACACCAAUUUUCCUGGUAAUCAUCCCUCCAAUCAUUGUGAUCUUUAUAUUCCUGCAACGAUACUACAUUGCUUCAUCAAGGAACUUCCGCAGAAUCGAAUCCGUUACCAAAUCGCCUAUGUAUCAACAUUUUGCAGAGACUCUGUCUGGCGUGUCGACCAUUCGUGCGCUACAGUGCAAUGAACGAUUCAUUGAACAAAAUGCCUCUCGUUCCGACCAAGCUGCCAACGCUCGAUUUGUUUGGUCUGUCGGCAACAGAUGGCUCAACGUCCGUCUUGAAGGCCUAGGUUCAAUUAUCGUACUAGCUGCCUCUAUGUUUGCGGUCUUUGGUCGCGAAACUUUAAACCCGAGCAUGGUCGGAAUGUCGCUCGCGUACGCACUCAACGUCACAAUGGAUAUCUGCUGGAUGGUCAGAUGCAUGUGUGAAGUUCAAUUCGAGAUGGUCGCAGUCGAGAGAAUCGACGAGUACUGUAAAAAGAAUCAAGAGGCGCCCAACUAUACAGAUGUCCAGCUCGAGAAAUCCUGGCCCACACAUGGUCAUGUCGAAUUUAAGAACUACUCUACUCGAUAUCGCCAGGGCAUGGAUCUGGUCCUGCGUAACGUAUCCUUUGAGGUCCAGCCUGGCGAGAAGGUUGGAAUUGUCGGCCGCACAGGUGCAGGAAAGUCCUCCUUAACCUUGGCAUUGUUCCGUAUUGUUGAAGCUGCUAAUAGCCAUUGGGCCAAGGCAAGUCAUAACGGAACGGAUAUGGACACAGACCCUAGUCUGUCCGACAUGACCAAGGCCAAUAUUGAGCUAGAGAAAGUUGAAGUUGAAGAGGAUGGUGGAGCGAUUUGGAUUGAUGGUGUUGACAUAUCCACAGUAGGAUUAGAAUAUCUUCGUCGGCACUUGGCAAUUAUCCCUCAAGACCCUACACUUUUUGUGGGAACCAUUCGGGAGAACUUGGAUCCUUUCCAAGAGGCCUCGGACGCGGAGCUAUGGGAAGCCCUUGAGCGUGCUCACCUCAAGGACUAUGUUUCAUCCAUGCCUGGUGGGCUCUCCUAUGAGGUCACUCAAAACGGAGAAAACUUUUCAGUAGGUCAGCGAUCCUUGAUCUGCCUGGCGCGUGCAUUGUUGCGCAAGACAAAAAUCUUGAUCUUGGAUGAGGCCACGGCCGCUGUAGAUGUGGAAACGGACGAGUUAAUCCAGAGAACUAUUCGACAGGAAUUUAAGGAUCGGACAAUCCUGACUAUUGCUCAUAGAAUCAAGACUGUCAUGGAUUCAGACAAAAUUUUGGUCCUCGAGAAAGGUCGCGUACAAGAAUAUGACGCCCCCAGUGCGCUUUUGAAGAAGAAAGAAUCAUUAUUCUACAGGCUCGCCGAACAGGCUGGCGAGAUUUUGUGA